ACAGACAGCCACACAUCCAGGCUGCCUUCAACAACAUCCACUAGCUUAGCUGCUGCUCCUCCUCCUCCUUCCCCAGUCUCCAAGAUCAGAAUUGGAGGGCUUGUACGCACCACCAAACCAUGCCGGGCAGCAUCCGAGUCUCAGCGUCGCUGCUGCGUCUCGUCAAAAAGAAAAAGAGAUCAUACUGCUCUAUCUUUUGCUGUGCAGACAUUCAGCCACCCGUCGCCGCUCCACUCUUCUUGCAAGUUAACCUGGGGAAAAAAGAGUACAGCGGAUAUAUUGGACAAGAUGGCUUCUCUUUUCCAGUUACAUCACUUCGAGAUAGCAUGGUGUUGUCGCUGUACGAUGCAGAUAAGGAAUUGGUAUCCAAAACAGAAGUGAAGACACGGUCGAUUGUCGAGCUGGGGAGUACGGAUGUUGUGUUUACCCUUGAUAGUGGAGGGGAAAUUAUCCUCCAGUUGCAGUUCUUGCUUAGUGAUGAAGAUCGCAAGCGUAUCCAAGAAAUGGUAAUAUGCCAAUUUGAUGGUUCAUGCUGUUUCCAUGAAAACUCAGAAAACAUCUUGCUUGAAAGGUUCAUCUUAAGUUACGGUAUACUACUCAUGUUUAUACUAUUUCCUUUUAUUCAGAGGAACUCUGCGAUGAAAAGGAAGCAGCAAGAGCUGUUUGGGAAUGGCGAUGAACUUUAUUUCCAAGAGAGCACACCACCUAAAGAGCAGGCAGAAGAGAUCUCCGACAUCCCAAACAAAGAAGACCGACUCACGCUCCGCAAGAGCAUGUCGACGGAUGAUCUGAAACGGAGGGCUGUUUUUUCCGAAAUAAGCAUUGGUACGAAUAAAGCGGCUUCGAAGAAACCCCCGUUGCAAGCUUCGACGUCCGAAGGCCCCAUUGACAUGAAGGGUCUACCGCCGAGAAGUGACAUUGGCUCUAAAAGAGGGCAGGGUGAACCGGAGAGCAGGUCGAGCAGCGCGGUGAAGAAGAUGAUCAGCGCCUUCGAGAGCAGCUCUCCGCAGGGACCGCCUUUGGUGCCAAGGAUCAAGUCGGAAGGGUCGUUGGAAGGGAUGCUGUCGGCUUCCACCAAUCCUUCAGACAAGCUUCCUACUACUGGCGUGCCACCGAAUGUUUCUGGGGAUAUAGGUUCCGAGUCACGGUCAGGAAGGCGCGCUACGACGAUCAUCAGCAACAAGAAACCAAGCGCGUCUAGACAGGCCGGUCUGUUGAAUGCUCAGGAGAGCAGAAGACGGAGUUCCAGCAGGCGCGACAGAGCAGCCAAGACGAGCAUGGGGGAGAGUGCAGAGAAGCAAAAGCAUCAUCGUCGCUCCAUCGUUCCGAUUCAUUCGGGCGGGACAUCUAGCAUCACCUGGGCCGGCCACCCCCACAUCUGCAUCACCACCGCGAGCAGGCAGCUUAAAGACCUCGUCGGGCUUGAGCACCUGAAUUCGAUGAAGAAUGCACAUCAGAGCACAAGGGAAGAAGACACUGAAGAAGGCACGAGCAACGACGACGCGGUGGGCUCUAAGCGGCGGCGAUUCUACGGGUUCCCGGCGCUAAAUGGGUGGCUGAUCAACCAGGGGGUGCGUGGCGUGAUCGUCAUCAUAGCCUGCGGCGCAGUGUUCCUCAACAACAUGUGAAGGAAGGAAGAAGAGGACUUGAUACAAAAGCCGUGGUCCAUGAGAUGGAGUGUCAUUUGUGCUAAGUAAAUAGGCAAUUUUUUGACUAAUUUAAUCCAUAAAUAAAUGACUAGCAUGGCAUUGUCAGAAUUAACGACACACUGAUACUGAUCUAAACAUGCACGUACUACGUAAACAAUAGGCCAUGCAGAAGCUGAAGCGUCCUCCAAGUAGCGGAUCGGAAACGUACAGGAACCAGAAGGGCAAUAAGCACGUAGGUAUGAGCUCGGCUCGGCUCAAUCCCACAACCCGCGGCGAGGCGAGGCGUCGCGUGGCGGGCGGCGGAGGAGGAACGCACGAGGGCCUCUUCUAUUCUCAAGCUCCAAUAGCAUGUAGAAGAGAAACCCUUAUAAAGAGGUCCAACUCCUUCUCCACUAGCAGGGUGGGGCUAAACUUUCCACUACACCUAGUGCCAUAUACCCACAUGGGCCCUUAGAGAUUUUUCAGAAUUUGCUAUAUGGGCCUAAAGCCCAUCCCAAAUUUCAGCAAUUUGAUUGUGCUGAUCAUUCCUCUUUGAGGUUCUUUGUGUUGGAUCGAGUAUUAUGAAUCUGAAAUUGUUUGAUGUGUAUCAUAUAAUUAACUCAUGGAUAUUUUCUGGUGACA